UAUGAAUUCUCCAAUAGAAAUAAGACACGUGGAGAGACAAUUAGGGUCCAUAUAUGCCUCGCAUUCCCCCAAUUCUAUUCCUUUUUUACUUCGCUGUGUUCACUUUGCAGCUCUUAACACAAGCGGUAUCACGUUCGGUUUUCUACGUUAAUCUAAUUCUGAUGGAGGUUGAGAUUGAUGGCUCUAAUAAUGGGGAGGCAAUAGAAAAUGCUGCCAUGGCUGACGAUUGUAGCACCGAUGAAGGAAACAACGCAGAUGAAGCAAACAAUGCUGAUGAAGGGAACAACGCUGACGAAGGAAACAAUGGUGAUGAUGGAAAUAACAUCGAUGGACGUGCUAUUGUGCCAGUUCAAAGCCAAGGUCAAGAUGUGACUCAAGUUUCUGCUGGAGGGGCCAUAACCCUAGCUGUUCCCACACUUCCGGUCCCAAUUGUUUCACCUGUUGAACCUUAUGUGGGACAGGAGUUUGAGUCAGAAGCAGAAGCACAUGCAUUCUACAAUGCAUAUGCCACGAGUGUUGGAUUCAUCGUACGUGUUAGUAAACUCUCUCGAUCAAGGAUCGAUAAUUCUGCUAUUGGGCGGAUUUUUGUCUGCAACAAAGAGGGAUACAGGAUGACUGACAAGCGUGAAAAUGUUAUACGGCAAAGGGCUGAGACAAGGGUUGGUUGCAAGGCAAUGAUAAUGGUAAGGAAAGUAAAAUCUGGUAGCUGGGUUGUUACACGUUUUGUAAAGGAACACACACAUCCUCUUGCUGGUCCAGGAGGUGGCAGAAGGGAUUUCAUCUACGAACAAUAUCCGGGCGAACGGGAUAGAAUUCGGGAAUUAAAUCAGCAGUUGACAGCAGAGAAAAAGAGGUCUGCCACCUAUAAAAGACAUCUUGAAUUGAUACUCGAGCACAUUGACGAGUAUAACGAGAGCCUAUCGAAGAAAAUACAGCACAUAGUAGACAAUGUAAAGGAGAUGGAAAGCAAAGAAGAACAAAGUCAAUUGAACUUUCAAUUAGCCACCCUUUAAAUAAUUUUCCCCCGGACGAAACACAGAAACCAACCGUCAAUUCAAAAAUGCUGCGAUGCGAAGCAUACAAAGUGCAAUGUUAGUAGUAUUCUGCUAAUUGCUGACCCUAGGGUGUUUGCUCUCUGUUCCUGCUUUAGAUGUCUGGUGGGGUUCUCAUGCAAUGAAAUUCAUUGUAUUGUUUUCUUAUUUAUGCUACGAAUGAAUGACACUUUUAAUUGGUAGAAGAAGAAAGCCAAUUACUGUCAAUGCCUGGUUUCAUCUGAGUUGAUUCUUGUGGGAGCUGUGCCAGAAAUAUGAUAUUAUUACUCAAGAGAGGCAUUCAAAUGCCAUGGUAGAGUUGAAUUGUUCCAUUUUUUUAAUGAGUUUGUAAAACAUGAUCCAAGGCUUUGACUCUUGUGUCUAGUAAUGAUUAAUCUAUUUUGUAUAUAUAAUGAGACUUGUAUGAGCAUGUUGUGCUCCCAAUCCAUGUUCAUGUUUUCUCCCUU